AUGGAGGGCAGCGAGACCAUCUUCGACCUCGUGCGCGCCUCUGCGCGGUUCGUGCGGGACAAUGCUCAAGACGUGAAGAUCAACUAUGAUGCCGUUGCUGCCUUUGUGAAGACCCUCGAUCCUGCCGAGUUCGAGAGCAAGGCAGCCUCGCGGGGCUACCCGCUUCGCUUUGCCACGCUUGAGGAGGAGGUGGGCUUCUGGGGCCUUCUCUCCCUGCUUAACUUUGGCAGCGGCUUCCGCGUGCCGCUGCACCAAGCCCGCAACCGGGGCGCCUUCGAGACCAUCCAGCGCGGCCUCAUGGGCAUGUACAUCUCUGGGUUCGGUUCCUGCCCUCCCACCACGACCCACCCUGUUCUGGUGCCAGCUAUCUGA